AUAUUUUCAAGGAAAACUUACUUUCGUUCGAUUAAUAACUUUCGAUUAGUACUUGGUUAUAAACUAAAUUAAAGUCUUAAAGUUAAAAAAUAUAAGCAAAGUAAAAAGCUGUUUCUACAAUUGAGUGAGUGAAAAGACUUAGAACUAUGGAAGUCGAUACACCUACGCUUGACAUCCCCGUCAAUAUUUGGUGUUUUCUGGGGAAGGAGGGGGCGAAAAGGGUCAAGGCAAAUUUGACAUUGGGUGACACUACGUUGACCGCUUUAAAGGAAUUUGUGUGCAAAGCUGUUGGUUCAAUUUCUCCAAACGAAAUUGAUAUUUUGUACAAUGGGGGGAAACUAAUGGAUGACAUGGCAGUCAAGUCUGCAACAUUUCGACCAAUGAACGUGAUAACGGUAGUCAAACUGGACCGAAAUCCGGAACCUCGAGUCGAUAUUGCUGAAGCCGCUGGAAACAUCAAAGGAAAGAUUCCUCAAACUGCACUUGCCUUGAGAACGGCGUUUUUAAACCCAAAAUUCAUCCCAACCAUUAUGAAACUGGGACAGUCAGAAAUGCUGGAGAACAUCAUGGCCAUCGCUCCAGGUCUCAAGAAUGAUCCGAUCGCAAUUGCAAUGAUUCAAGAUCCAGCAAUGAUUUUCCAUCUCGCAGAUUUUGAAUCUUUGAAAAAGCUUGCAAAUACAAGACCUUGGGUAGUUGAAGCAUUCAAUUUUUUGGCUGCAUCUGUCCAUCAAGAGAAGGGAGGAUCACGUACAAACGAUGUUCCAAGUAGUGGAUUCUUUAAUCCUGCCCUUCUUGAAGACGAUGAUGAUGACAUGGACGAGGAUGACGACGAAUCUGGUGCUGGACCUAGUAGCAGAAUAACAAGAGAACAACUUUCUGCAGCGUUGAAUUCUUUGAGCGCCUUAGGACGGGAACGCUUAUCUUCUGCUCCAAGUCAAUCACAACCAUCCGCAACUGGUUCUUCUCUAUUUGAUCGCUUUUCCCAAGGUGGAGGAACUUCGGCUGCUGCUGGUGGUGGAAAUCCCACCGCUGAUCUCACAAACCUUUUAUCAUCACUACAACAACGUGUUUCAAGGAGUGGCAAUACUUCCACUGGGGCUGCGGGCGCUAAUCCUCCUGCGCUCACUCCUGAUCUGGUAGCGCGUGCCAUGAAUACUGCUUUAAAUAGUCUUCCUGCAGAAGCAAGGGAAGCUCGUUUCAGUGAACUUCGAGACCAAAUUGCUCGAAUUCAAAGUAUGGGGUCCAACAACAGUACCGGAGCCACUACGUCUGUUGUUCCUCCUUCCAGUGUUGCAGCUCCGCCGACUACACCCUCUUCGUUGCAACCAUUGUCAGUAACAUCCCCAUAUGCACAGCAGUUAAGUCAAAUGCGGGAUAUGGGAAUUAAUGACGAGCGAUUGAGCUUGUUAGCUCUGGGAGUCAGUGAUGGUGAUGUCGAAACUGCCGUUGAGUUAAUAUUUUCAGGUUGGACUGGCGAAGGGGCCGAUGUGGAAAUGCCAGAUGAACAAUAGUAAUGAAGUUUGUAAAAGCUGGAUGAAAAUAAUCGCAAAAUUUUUAAUGAACAACAUUAGAUACCAUGUUAUACAAAAUAAAUAAGAAUUUUUCUAUGAAAUAAAAAUUAAAUGCACAAAACAGAA